AUGAGAGAAGAGGAGAAUAAGAGUGCAUCUAAAGGAAUGGCUGGGCAUGUGGAUUAUGAAAAAUUAGCAAAUGACUUAGAUAGAGCAGGGCGAGAAGGAAUGAGAGUGGCAGAAGCAUUUAGAGGUGGAGUUGUAUUAGGAGAGAAAGGAGAUAGUUAUGUAUGCAGUGGAGGAGUAUGUAAAACAGAAAACAAGGCGAAAGUAAAAGAAAAGAAGGCAGAGCCAGGCAUGGUGUGGGAUGCACUUAAUCAAGUUGACAAUAUGCAGAGAGCAGAAGUAGAGAAGUUGAAGAUAGAAAGGGGAGAUACGGUAAGUGAUAUAAUGGAAAAGUAUAAGUUAAGUGAAGAUGAAAUAAGGAAUUUAAACCCACAAUUGCUGGACCUUAAUAGGAUAAUAGCAGGAGAGAACCUAAAUAUACCAAAAGGCAGCCAGGAAAAAGUGGAAGCAUAUUAUGGCACACAAGUUGGAGGUUCAAGUGAAGCACUACCAGGAAUUUUAGAUGGUAGAAGUAAAAUAAACAUAAUAGGAUUCACAGAAGAUGGGAAAUUGAUAUAUGAGAAUGAGACAAAUGGAAAUAGUACGGUAUUAGAUAUAAGUAAUAUAAAUAAAAGAAUUAAUAAUGAAAUAAAAAGCUAUGAAGAAUUUAAGAAUGAGAAACUGCAACAAAGCGACUUUAAAGCACUUAAUAUGGAGAGAGCACUUGGAUAUGAUCCAAUAACAG